AUGAGGUAUGAUCAACUCAAUUAUGGAGACGUGGGCACAGGCAUGAUGAAGUGUUGUGGGAAUCCAUGUAAAUUCUUCAUCGAAGAUGGCAGUCUUCCAGAAGACUACUGCACCCUGUGCUGCGAAGACUACAAACUAAAUUCAUACGUGGGAAUCCUGCAUGGCUGUCACCACUACAGAUGGUGCUAUUUGUGUGCGCAGACACUGCUGUGUCGGGAGCUUAAAUGUCCUAUAUGUCGUGAAAAAAUAACUGCAGUUAAAUCACAACCAUAUCAUGUCGGGCUACUGGAACCCAACAGUCAAGAGGAAAUUGAAGGUCCAUUAAUGACUUUGGAACAAGAGCCACAUGUAGAUCUAAGGGAGCAAGAGAUUCUCUCUGAGCUGGAGGAGGUCCCAGCCGCUAUGAAGGCAACAAAAGAGGAUGCUGACAAAUUGAAGCAGGAUGCUGCAGAAAUUUUGAAGGUUGUAUCUACCCCAGCUUGCCGUAGACAUCUCCGGAGCAUUGCUCGAGGAGUCACUGAAAGUGAACGACACAACAAUUACCAGGAAAGUGGCAUGCUGUAUAGCGGUCUUGGACCAUUCACUCUAUUUGAGGACAUGAAAACUCAACUCCUAGAAAUAAUAGAUAAACAAUGCAGGAACGAUCCAGUAUAUCAGUGGAGUGUUAUGAUACCAGAGGCUGUCAUUUUUGGAGCUCAAAUUAUUUUUAAAGUCUCCAAGCCAGAUGCUGUGGCUUACUAUGAAAAGACAAGUAAGCUUGUAGCAGUCCAAGAAUAG